CUUAUUUGUGGGGACCUCCUCCUACUUGAGCAGCGCUUGAUCUGCUCGCAAGCGCUCUGCUCGCAAGCGUUCUGUGGCGAGCGGAGGAUGGCGGCCCAUGAAGAACUCGGCGCGCCAGAGAAGGUGUCGAUCCCUGCAUCAGGCCACAAGUCGCUUGUGGAGCACCUGGAGGAUGAGGACGACACCUCCACGUACGCCAUCCUCAUGCCCGCCGAGUACACCAUGAAGGAGGGCUCCCAGCUGUGGAAAGGCGUGCGGCUGGGCAAGUUCUUGGGGGCAGGCGCGCAGGCCAAGGUGUUCCAGCUGGCCCACGACGACGGCAGCCCCAUCGGCAAGGUCAUCAAGGUCAACCACGGUGACCUGGGCUCCAAGAUGCUGAACAACAAUGUGCUGUGGGUGGGCAUGGACCGAGAGUGGGAGGUCGGCACGCAGCUGCGCGCCGCGCUGCAGCAGCCCGGCGGCCAGGUGCCCGGCUUCAUGAAGGUGGCAGACUGCCUGAUUGCGGGCAAGAACGGCCAGGAGCACUUCAGCGGCAUGCUCAUGGAGGAGCUGCACGGGUUUGAGGUGUACAAGCGCAUCGACGUGCCCGAGUUCCACAACAUCCACUACGUGCGGGAGAUGCUGUUCCAGAGCUUUUCGGCGCUGGACCGUGCUCAGCGCAAGGUCGGCUUCCACCACGCCGACCUGGGCAUGCGCAACAUUAUGGAGCACUACCCGCAGAUCUGGGAGCAGCUGCCGGCUGAGGAGGGGGAGAAGGCCAAGGCCAAGGCCAAGCAGUUCCCCGGCUACAGCUGCAACGCGGACGGCUCGCGGCUGCCGCUGGGGCCGCAGCUGGAGUUCAAGAUCAUCGACUUUGGCAUCGCCAAGUUCAGCGCCAAGCUGGCGGCGGCAGCCGCGGGCAGCGAGGCCGAGGAGAUUGUGGAGCGGCUGAACGAGCAGCAGCGCACGCGCAUGCGAUUCGGCAACGCCAACAGCCCCGCCACCAUUGAGUAUGAGCCCAGCGAUGUGACCAAGCACAAGGGCUUCAUGGCCCGCCUCAAGAACAUGAUCUCUCCCAGCAAGAGCCGGCUCACCGUGAUCAUCCGCCCCGUCAAAAAACUGGCAUCCGUGAAGAGCCGGCGCUCUGCAGGGCCUGGCGGCGCCGCCGCCGCCGCCACCGACGAGGAGGCAGCGGUGGCGGAGGAGGGUGGCGUCGUGGAGGAGGCUGCGCUGCAGGCGGAGUGGGAGCCCAUCCGGCUGGCCUCCUUCCAGGAUGCUGGCUUCAAGCAGGCGGCCGACGCCGUGGCGGAGCACCACAAGGAGGCGGCGGGAAGCAAGAAGAAGAAGAAGAAGAAGCGGAAGAGCCCCAUCGAGACGAUGUACAGGCACUUCUGGCACCGCAAGGGCGACGCCUUCCACCUGCUGCUGGGCAUUGCGCUGGCGCUGGAUGACAGGUGCUGGCCGGAGGAGGAUGAAGACGAGGUGGCGGCCCUGUGCUCCCUGGUUCACCACGUCACAGGCGUCAAGAUGAGGGUGCGGACCGCAGAAGGGGAGCCAGGUUCUGCGGCCUUUGGCCGCCACAAGUGGCAGCACUGGUUCCGCCGCUGGCACAUCAGGCUCAAGGGCCACAUCCUGCCUUACAACUCUGGCCUGCUUGCGCGCGAGGCGCUGUCCCACCCCUUCUUCACUCGCGGCGACUAUUCGGGCCUGAAGCACGCCAGCCUGCCGGCCGAGCUGCCGCAGGUGUUUCCUACCGAGUGAUGUCGGGCGGGCCCAUGCCGCUGCCGCUGAGAGCUUGCCAGCCAGGUUGAUCCACGUUGAAAAAUAAACAAUUUGCCGUUGCAUUGCUCUUCCAAUCCCGUGCACACACGCUCCCGAACUCAACAUGCAUCAACGCUCUUUGACGCAUCCCACGCUUCUCAAACAAGUGGCUCUCCACAUCUCAUUCUUCAUUGUCAUCUGUGCUGGCCGCCCAAGAUGCCAGGUGCACUUGCUUUGUCUGUUGCUAUGAUCUAUUGGCACCGGAGCAGGUGCCAUGGUAACCAGUCACCAC